AAUCAACAAAACGGUGACACCCAACCAUUAACCCCAUUGAGGUUGAGAGGGACCUCUCCUACGCCAUUCUGUCUGAACUCCAUCCUCUUCACUCCAAUCAGAUCUUGCAGGGUUUGGUCUUUUCGCUCUCUUUUUCAUUCGUAGUUAUGGUCAUGUUUUAGAGAUCACUCUCAUUCUACACGCGUUACCCUUAUCUCUCUCUAUAUCUGUGCUUGAAAUCCGGAUAGCUGGAAAUGGUGGUUUCGGAGCCAAUCACCCCUGGACUGGUGUCAUUUUUGCUUGGGAUUAUCCCGAUUUUUGUCGCAUGGAUAUAUUCAGAGUUAUUAGAAUACAAGAAAACUUCGUCUCCUCCUAAAAUAAGUCAUUCGGACAGUAAUCUGGCUAACUUGGAAAAGGACACUAUUGAGGAAAAUGACCAAGCUAUUUUACUCGAAGGAGGCCUCACAAAAUCAGCAUCUGCAAAGUUUCAUGCUUCUUCAAUCAUAACAAACUUAAUUAGGUUUCUGACUAUGGAUGACUCUUUCUUGCUAGAGAAUCGCACAACUUUGAGAGGAAUGUCUGAGUUUGGGGUGAUUCUGGUAUAUUUCUUCAUAUGUGACCGCACAAACAUACUGGGAGACUCCACCAAGACAUACAAUCGGGAUCUUUUCCUCUUCCUAUACUUUCUUCUCAUUAUAGUUUCAGCAAUGACUUCCUUGAAGAAACAUAGUGACAAGUCUUCAUUCUCUGGAAAAUCGAUGCUCUACCUUAACCGCCACCAGACUGAGGAGUGGAAAGGAUGGAUGCAGGUCUUGUUUCUUAUGUAUCAUUACUUUGCUGCAACGGAGAUGUACAAUGCAAUUCGUGUCUUUAUUGCUGCAUAUGUUUGGAUGACUGGAUUUGGAAACUUUUCUUAUUAUUAUAUCAGAAAAGACUUCAGUGUUGCACGGUUUGCUCAGAUGAUGUGGCGGCUAAAUUUUUUUGUGGCAUUUUGCUGCAUUGUUCUUAACAAUGACUAUAUGCUGUACUAUAUCUGCCCAAUGCACACCCUAUUCACUUUAAUGGUGUAUGGAGCCCUUGGUUUAUUUAACAAGUACAACGAGAGCAGCUCAGUAAUGGCCAUGAAGAUUUUUGCAUGCUUUCUUGUGGUUAUCUUGAUUUGGGAAGUUCCUGGAGUUUUUGACAUUCUCUGGAGCCCUUUCACAUUCUUGUUAGGUUUUAAGCUUUCGAAUGGUGUGUGUGCCUCCAGUUCUCUGCCGCUGCCUAACUGCUAUUUUCUCUUGGCAGAGUAUACUGAUCCUGCAAAGCCAGAUCUCCCUUUACUGCAUGAAUGGCAUUUUCGAUCUGGACUUGAUCGUUAUAUUUGGAUCAUUGGCAUGAUAUAUGCCUAUUUUCACCCCAGUGUUGAGAGAUGGAUGGAAAAGUUGGAGGAAUCUGAAUCCAAGAGGAAAUUCACCAUCAAAACAGGCAUCGUGGCAGUUUCCGUAUUUGUUGGAUAUCUUUGGUACGAAUGGAUCUACAAGUUGGACAAGAUUACAUACAACAAAUACCACCCUUACACUUCAUGGAUCCCUAUCACUGUUUACAUUAGCUUGCGGAAUUUCACUCAGCAGCUUCGGAGUUUCUCUUUGACUCUUUUUGCGUGGCUUGGAAAGGUAACAUUGGAGACAUAUAUUUCCCAGUUCCACAUCUGGCUGAGAUCAAACAUACCUAAUGGACAGCCUAAGUGGCUUCUUUCUCUCAUCCCUGAAUAUCCAUUGCUGAACUUCAUGCUCACAACUGCUAUCUAUAUUCUGGUAUCUCAUCGUCUCUUUGAACUAACCAAUAGCCUAAAGACGACUUUCGUACCCACAAAAGACAACCGGCGAUUGCUGUAUAAUUUUCUGGCGGGGGCUGCUAUUUCCUUAAUUUUGUAUUGCAUCUCCCUCAUUCUGCUUCAGAUCCCUCAUGCACCAGCCUGAAAAAUCAAUACCUGAGAGUAAAUACAGGGUUUCAAGUUGGAUUUACAAAGAAAUGUAGAAGAUUGAAAUAAGGGUUGAAAUGUAUUGUUUGCAGUUCCUAGGCUUCUAGCUCACCAAGAAGCGCAUCUAUCAAGAGAUUUGAGGCAAAGUGCUCUCAAAUUCAAGUCUGCCUCUCUAGCGAAACUUGGAUGUCAAGAUUGCCUCCGCUAAUUGUGCAGUGGUACGGCAGGAGGUGGAAGAAUUUUUUUGUAGAAUUGUUGAUCACCGAAUGUAAUUUUUCCCCCCUGGGUAAGUCAUUGAAGAAAAUAUAGGUAACCAUGAGAUAGAUUUGUUGUAAUUUCGUCGUUCAUUUAUCCUGUCUAGUGGUGUAUACAGACAAGAAACCUGGGUAUUUGGUUUAUUGACUUCUAUUUCUCAAGUACAGACUACAGAGAUGAAUUUCUCUUUCAA